AUGUACUCCUGUGAAGCUGCAGCUAGAGAGUUUAAGAUUCCUUGUGUCAUCUUCACCACUACAAGUGCUACAAGUUAUGUUUCACGAUGCGUUCUUAACAAACUCAAUACCGAAAAGUUCUUCUCCGACAUAGAAGAUCCAGAGAUGCAAGAAAAGGUGGUGGAAAAUUUGUAUCCAUUAAGAUACAAACACCUACUGCCUACAGGACUUGGGCCAUUGGAGCCACUUCUGGAGCUUCGUAAGGAAAUAGUCAACAAAAGAACAGCUUCCGCUAUUAUAGUAAACACGUCGAGCUGUCUAGAAGACUCGUGUCUGUCAUGGAUGCUACAAGAACUCAAAAUUCGAGUGUGCCCCUUAGGCCCUCUUCACAUUACAGCUUCAGCGCCUUCAAGUUUACUGAAACAAGACAUGAGCUGCAUUGAAUGGCUGAACAAGCAGAAAGCAAGGUCAGUCAUAUACGUAAGCAUGGGAAGCCUUGCUGAUAUGGAAACUAAGGAAGUUUUGGAGAUGGCGUGGGGGUUGGCAAAUAGCAGCCAGCCAUUCUUAUGGGUCAUCCAAAGCAGCUCCAUCAUUGAGUCAUUUCCAGAUGAACUGAGUAAAAUGGUGUCGGAAAGAGGAUAUAUUGUAAAUUGGGCACCACAGAUAGAAGUACUUGCGCAUCCUUCAGUGGGAGGCUUCUGGAGCCAUUGUGGAUGGAACUCAACGCUCGAGAGCAUUGCGGAAGGAGUCCCAAUGAUCUGCAUGCCUCUACAGGGCGAGCAGAAGUUAAACGCAGCGUAUAUAGAAAGCGUCUGGAGUGUAGGAAUCCCGCUUGAAGGUGAAGUGGAAAGAGAACAUGUCGAGAGAGCUGUGAAAAGGUUAAUUGUGGAUGAAGAAGGAGCAUGCAUGAGGGAGAGAGCACUUGUUCUGAAAGAGAAGGUCAAAGCCUCUGUCAGAGAUGGAGGCUCCUCACACAAUGCACUGGAUGAGCUCAUCAAGUACUUGGAGACAGACUGA